AUGGAAGAAAAUUGUAUUGAAAAAACAUUUAUCUUUAAAUUCCCAACAUGUACGUCAAAUCAAGAAUACACUUUAGAAGUUCCUUUAAAGAUUCCUUUUCAAGGAUCAGUAAAGGAAAUGGUGCAUCGAAUGAUGACGUCUUUUAAACUGCCCAGUUAUAUUGAAGCUGAUCUAUUAGAGUUUUUGAAUAUCAACAUUAAACAGUGGACUUUAAAAUUUCAUGAUGAUAGAGCUGAAAAACUGCUUGAUGCAGCCAAAAAAGGUAAACUUGAUGUAGAAGAGGUCAUCAAAAAUUGGGAAAAAGCUUACAAACAAAAAACUGUUGAGCAUGCUGAGCCAUUAGGAACUUCAGAUGAAGAGCUUUUUGCUGCAGCUUACCACAAAUUGGUUCAUUCUCCAUCAUUGGAGCCUAUUUUACAGGCUGAACAUAAAUUUGGCAAAGAUGUCACAGAGGUCGUCCAAAUGAGAGAUAAAGACUAUGAGCAAUUAACUCUAAAACAAACUGAGGAAAUGCGAUUGGCUGUGGAAACUCUUGAGUCUGGUUCAACUGAAAAAUCAAUCAAUGACAUGGCAGGUCGUCACUUUGAGGAGCAAAGCUUAUUGCAGGGCCAAUGGGGAUCUAAAAUUGAUGCUCUUAAACUAGAACAAAGGAGACAGUACAGGAAUUGGAUAAUGAGAUUGUUAGAAGAGCAGCAAACGAAUAUGGUUCCUACCCCAGUGGAAUCUCCAAUGGUUUCUAUGCCACCACUUGGUCCAGGAUUAAAUGAUUUUAUUAAAACUGACGAGAAAAAUACUUGUGAUUACCAGCAAUUGGAAGAAAGUUUUACUAUACACUUAGGUUCUCAGUUAAAACAAAUGCACAAUAUUAGAAUACUCACAGGUGAUGUCCUUGACUUUUGCCAGACGAGGAAUUGUAAUUCAGAAAGCUUAGAUCCUACUCCCCAGAGAUUACAAACUGCUUUAGGGCUAUAUUCUAACGAUUUGUGUGGACUGGUCCUGUUGAGUGAUAAUCAUUUAGGUAGCUACUCAGGAAUGACUAAAGAGCUUGCUUCAAUAUCACAACUAACAACAGAGUUUCACUUCCUUCCCAUUGAUGAACAACUUGAAAAAAUACGAGAAGAUGUAAAAGAAGCUGUAGCUUGGAGACAAGCUCAUCAUAAAGAAGAUAAUGAUGUGCAGCAACAAAAUAAAAAAUCUACGUCGAGCAAAACGUUACAAACUGGCGAUGUUUUUAUUACAAGGCAUUCCAAUUUAGCUCAAGUUCAUGUUGUAUUUCAUAUGGUAGUAAAUGAUUCUCUAAGAUCAGGAGACAUAAACUCAAGACACCCAGCUAUUUUAGGUUUAAGAAAUAUUUUAAAAACGGCUUGCUGCAAUGAUGUAACGACUUUAACGAUACCUGUUCUUUUGGUGCAUGAGAUGACUGAAGAUAUGACGGUUGCUUGGUGCACCAAAAGAGCUGAACUUGUAUUUAAAUGCGUUAAAGGUUUUAUGAUAGAAAUGGCUUCUUGGGGAGGUGCAGAGUUGAAAAAUUUGCAAUUUUUAGUUCCUAAGGGAAUGUCUGAAGAGGUUUUUGGAACCUUAGCGACCAUGCUGCCAAGUAUUUUUAGAGUUUCAAACCCAUUGAUUUUUAAAGCCACUAGCACACCACAGACACCGAAAAAGUGACGCAAAAGCAGUAGUAGUGUACAUUUUCAUAAUUGUAUAUAUAAAUUAUAAAUAUUUCGUUCAUACUCUCUAUGUAUUAUGGAUCGUGAUUCAAUUUAUCAACAAUUAUACAUAAACAAUUAGUUGUAAGAGUAAACAUUUAUAGGCUGCAAUUUUUUUUAUUCUUAUUGUGUGUAAUAUUUCAAGACUGACGACUUGUUAAAACCUUUUUAACAGCCUAAAGAUGAUACUAAUGUCAUAUUUUUUACUAAUUCGAAGAAAAAAACGCUUUGUUAUAAUUAACAUUGCUACUAUUGAA